CCUUUUUUUUUUUGAUAUUCGUUUAUUUUUUCCCAUCCCCUUAUUCCAAACCUUUUCUUUCUUUUCUAUGCUUCAAAGAAGAUUGAUCCAUAGCUCAAGAGCUGUUUUGAGUAAAACGCUUACGGCACUCACACGCGUCAAACAUCCCGAGUUUAAGCGCAACCCUGCUUUUGCCAAGAUUGAAGAAAAGGAUCUCUCUUUUUUCAAGAGUGUGUUGGCACCUCAAAAUAUCAUUCAUGACGAAAAUCCAGAGGAUCCUAGCUCUAGUAUGAUGCCAUACAAUACAGAUUGGUUCAACCUUUACCGAGGCACCUCUUCAUUGUGUUUGUUCCCCACUUCUACAGAACAAGUCUCACAGAUCUUGAAGUAUUGUAAUCAGAAUCAAUUAGCCGUUGUACCACAAGGAGGAGCGACGGGUGUGAGUGGAGGAUGUAAUCCAGUCUUUGAUGAGAUUAUCGUGAACACAUCCAAGAUGAACAAGAUCCGGCAUUUUGAUGCCGUUUCGGGUGUGGCCGUGGUGGAUUGUGGUGUUGUCUUGGAAGGCCUGGAUCAGUAUUUGGAGCCCAAGGGAUAUACAGUACCUUUAGACUUGGGAGCCAAAGGAUCUUGUCAAAUUGGAGGUAACGUCAGUACAAACGCCGGUGGGUUAAGAUUGAUCAAAUUUGGUAAUCUCCAUGGUAAUGUCCUGGGAUUAGAAGUGGUUUUGCCCGAUGGUACGGUCUUGGAAAAUUUAUCGACACUUCGAAAGGACAAUUCAGGUUACGACUUGAAACAAUUGUUUAUUGGCUCAGAAGGUACACUUGGUCUGAUUACGGGUAUUUCAUUAUUGACACCCAGACGCCCCAAGGCUGUGAAUGUAGCCAUGGUUGCACUCGACUCAUAUGAGGCAGUGCAAGAAGCAUUUGUGAUGGCCAAAGAAGAUUUAUCCGAGAUUUUAUCCGCCUUUGAAUUUUGGGAUCAUGAUUCUGUGGGUAUUGUAAAACAAGAAAUGAUGCAGGAUACAAACUAUCCUAUUGAAGGAAAGCAUGCUUUCUACGCUUUACUUGAAACGCAAGGCAGCAGACAAGAACAUGAUCAAGAAAAAUUAGAUGACUAUUUGGGAAGAUUGCUAGAAAAGGGAGUUGCUGUGGAUGGUGUGAUGGCACAAGAUGCUAAACAAGUAAACGCAUUGUGGUCUUGGCGUGAAAAGAUUCCGGAAUCCAUUUCAAAGAGUGGUACAGCCAUGACUUAUGAUGUUGCUAUGGAAGUGCCUCUUCUUUACAAGCUGGUGGAGGAUGCCAAGGCACAUUUCACCCCAAAGAAUUUGUUGGGUCCUGGCAAACUCUAUUCUAAUUUGCUAGGCUUUGGCCAUGUUGGAGAUGGUAAUUUGCACAUUAUGGCUAAUUUGGAUGGAUUUGAUCUCAAGGGACAGGAUGACAUGGAUGAAUUUAUUUUCGAUUGGACAAUGAGACACAAGGGAUCGAUUACUGCAGAGCACGGUGUUGGUGUAUCCAAAAUCAACUACAUGACUCGAGCCAAGACAGAUGUACAACUGAAAUUGAUGAAGACGCUCAAGAAGGCGAUUGAUCCUAACGGGAUCAUGAAUCCAUACAAGGUGAUUCCCGAAGAUAAAUAAAUAUAUAUAGACUCUCUCUCUCUUUUUCUCUCUUUUUAUUAUAAACAUAUACAUUUUUUUUGACCUUUAUGACAUUGUGAGCGAGUGAUACUGUCUUUAUAGAUGUAAGCGGCCCUUGCAGCGUGUUCAAAUACUUGUUGAACACCAUCGUUUAAUUUUGCCGAGCAUUCGAAAUAUUUACUAGCACCAAUAUUGGCACAGGCAGCAACACCUUCUUCGUACGAAACGGGUUUUUGUGAGAUCUUUUGUAGUUCAUCAAUCGUCUUUGUAUCCACUCUAAGGUCCUUUUUACAACCCACCAGUAGCAGUGGAACACGGUAACAAUGGGUAUUUAAUUCUUCAAUCCACUGAAAAAAAAAA